ACCAAUAAACGAUUCUUAUAAACGCAUUCAUGCAUGAUAAAUUUGUAAAAACUAAACAUUAUUGACAAAACAUUGUAGAUCAUGAAACACAAAACCGAACCCCAUCUUGUUUUUUGACGUGAGUACAACGUUUUGGCGCUCUUCGCUCAUUGGAUAACUCACUUUUUGGGAACCAAUCAGCACGAGCAAAAUUGAGCCAAUCGGCAGCAUGUAUAUUCCCUGGAUAGUAUAUAAGCACGAGAGCUCUAGGAAUUGGCAUCAGUUGCAUUCAACGCAUUGUCAAAGCAAGACGCAAAAUGAAAACUUCCAUGUUGAUCAGAUCUUCCACCCUUCUUGGCACAAUUUUGUCGUCAACAGGGCGUGCCAUGCAUCUAGACAUGUAUGAGUUGGGUUGUGAUUUGUGGCAGUUUAGUAAGGAGAUAGGUGCCACAGUAGGGCGUGAGCUGCUGUCGCUCGGCGAGCGAGUGAACAGCUUUGCCACAACUACCUCUGCUGCUGCUCUGUCUUUCUUCUCGGCAACAGAUCUGCUCUUCUUUCUGGCCUUUCUGCUCUUAGUUACUUCUGUUGUUGGUUGUGUUCAGUUUGUUCGUCAGUUCAACACUGCAAUGCAAGACCUCAGAAGAAAAAUGGCAGAUCUUGCAGAAGAGAACGUGCAGAUGAGGCUGGUUUUGACUGCUUUGUUGAACGAUGCCGACGAAGCCGAGAAGCCAUUAGCUAUGAAAAUGAGCACCCUAGCUGAGGAACAGAAAAACUUGGCCAAGUGGUUGAAUUUCCACACAGAGAUGUUCAGCAUCAGACUGGACAGCAUGGAGGGCCACGCUAACAGAGCCCACAGUCGUACAUAUAGAUACAGGAAAUGAAGCUUUUCAGCCAUAGUGUUCAUGAACUUUGCAUCAGCUUUUUUUUUUUAUCAUAUUAAAGUUAUUAAACAGCUAAAUAUGUUGCAAUAAAAUGUUGUUGAACUUUU